AUGGAGGGAGGAGGGGCUGGUUGGAGUGGCGACGAAGCCAACACCACCAAGAAGGGAUUAGCGGGCACGGGCUUGGAAUUACCAGAGAAUCGCCAUGGAAACCUAAAAAGUGCUUCCAGCGACCAAAACCUCAAAGACCUUCUUCUCCAAAUCAAGUCCUGCAAAUCCCCUGCUGUUAUCAACUAUGGCGCAUCUUGGUGCCGUGUGUGUAGCCAAAUCCUUCCUGCAUUCUGUCAGCUGAGUAAUAGUUUUCCAAAGCUCUCUUUCAUCUAUGCAGACAUUGAUGAAUGCCCUGAAACUACUCAGCACAUUCGGUACACGCCGACCUUCCAUUUUUACCGGGAGGGUGAACGAGUGGAUGAGAUGUUUGGUGCUGGAGAAGAGCGGCUUCAUGAUCGGUUGUGGUUGCACUCCUGA